AUCCAGAGGAAUCACAAGACGGCCAAGAACAGCACCUGCUGUGCUGGUGGGAGUGGCAGUAGCAGCGCCAGCGGGGCUGCAAAGGCGGUUCGGAGGGAGAAGGCCAGGGACCUUUCCAGAGAUGACCUGGUCUUUCUACUGAGCUUGCUUGAGGGAGAGCUGCAGGCCAGAGAUGAGGUGAUCACAGUGCUGAAGGCAGAGAAACUUGACUUGGCCCUGCUGGAGGCCAAAUAUGGCUUUGUCACACCACAGAAAGUCCUGCAGGCCCUGCAGAGGGACACCAUCCAGGGCAAGGCCGAAGUCCUCGAGGAGGACAUCUAUGAAAAGCCCAUGGAAGAGCUGGACAAGCUGGUGGAGAAGCAGAGGGAGACGCACCGGCGGAUGCUGGAGCAGCUGUUGAUGGUGGAGCAGUCGCACAAACAGGCCCUGUACAAGCUGGAGGACGAGAAGAGGAACCACGGAGAGUUCAUGAAGAAGAGCGAUGAGUUCACCAACCUGCUGGAGCAGGAGCGCGAGAGGUCAGUGUAUGAGUCAACGCGAGAGCUCAGAGAGAAGAGUCGCUAG